CCCCCUGUCUUAGUACGGACGGAGUUGUUUCUGACGUUUGAAUGAAAAACAGUGCAAAUUACCUCCACUUUGGACCCAGGAAAUAAUGGCUUCAGCCUUGGAGCAGUUUGUGAACAAUGUGCGGCAGCUCUCCGCUCAAGGCCAGAUGACUCAGCUAUGCGAGUUGAUCAACAAAAGCGGGGAGCUGCUGGCCAAAAAUCUGUCCCACCUGGACACGGUGCUGGGGGCUUUGGACAUCCAGGAGCACUCCCUGGGCGUGCUGGCUGUGCUAUUUGUGAAGUUCUCCAUGCCAAACAUCCCUGACUUUGAGACACUCUUCUCCCAAGUUCAGCUCUUCAUCAGCACCUGCAACGGGGAGCACAUUAGAUAUGCAACAGACACUUUUGCUGGUCUCUGCCACCAGUUGACAAACGCCCUCGUAGAGCGGAAACAGCCAUUGAGGGGUGUCGUUGUCCUAAAACAGGCGAUAGACAAAAUGCAGAUGAACACAAACCAACUUACCUCAGUUCAUGCAGACCUGUGUCAGCUGUGCUUGUUAGCAAAGUGUUUCAAGCCCGCCCUGCCCUUCUUGGAGCUGGACAUGAUGGACAUCUGUAAGGAGAACGGAGCCUACGACGCAAAGCACUUUUUAUGUUACUACUACUACGGUGGCAUGAUCUACACGGGCCUCAAAAACUUUGAAAGAGCACUGUAUUUUUAUGAACAGGCAAUAACCACUCCAGCCAUGGCAGUGAGCCACAUCAUGUUGGAAGCCUAUAAGAAAUACAUCCUGGUGUCGCUCAUUCUCCACGGCAAAGUGCAGCAGCUGCCCAAAUACACCUCACAAAUAGUAGGGAGGUUCAUCAAGCCCCUGAGCAACGCGUACCACGAGCUAGCUCAGAUUUACACCACCAACAACCCGGCCGAGCUGCGCAACGUGGUCAACAAACACAGCGAGACCUUCACACGAGACAACAACACGGGCCUGGUCAAACAAUGCCUCUCCUCCCUGUACAAGAAGAACAUCCAGAGGCUAACAAAGACCUUCCUGACACUGUCUUUGCAAGACAUGGCGAGUCGAGUGCAGCUGUCAGGUCCCCAGGAAGCAGAGAAAUACGUCUUACACAUGAUUGAAGAUGGUGAGAUCUACGCUAGCAUUAACCAAAAGGACGGCAUGGUCUGCUUCCACGACAACCCCGAAAAAUACAACAACCCGGCAAUGCUCCACAAAAUUGACCAAGAGAUGUUGAAAUGUAUAGAGCUGGACGAGAAGCUAAAGUCUAUGGAUCAAGAAAUCACAGUAAACCCACAAUUUGUGCAGAAGAGUAUGGGAUCGCAGGAGGAUGAUGUUGGUAGCAAAACAUCAAGUUAUUCCUGAGGGGCCUUUGGACAGGGAGACAACACUGCAGCCACCACGCCCCCCAACUCCUCCUCCUCCCCCCAUCCCCCGCCCCCAUCCCCCCCAACACGUUCUUCCUGGGAUGAGUUGGAUUUUUUUAAAAGAGGAAAAAAAAACAAAAAAAAAACAACAUUCUAUUGCAUAAAGGACAUUGGUCAAGGAUAAAAAAUCUAAUUGUGUGGAAUGAUGAUAAAUUUGGUUCUUCUUUCUUCACAGUGUCUUAGGGAUAAUGAAACGAUCCUUACAGAAAAAAGGAAAAAAAAAAAAAAAAAGAUUACAAUUUUGUCAGUGUUUUAUUUAUCAAUGUUCAGGUUGGAGCGCCACUGCUACAUUAACAGAAAAACACAAUAAUAAAAACUGGACUUAUUUGUUCCAAACAUAUGUGUGAAUAAUCUCACUGUUUGUUUUGGUUCUGCUGCAUGAGGGUAUUACAUAUGAAGGUAGAACAUCUACGGCUGACGACGAGUUCAAUCUGAAUAUAUUAUACAUUUGUUAAACACCACAAUAUCGUUUUCCCUCUCCCGCCCCCUUUCAGUUAGGAUGUAGAUAUAUCAUCAAUAGCAAAAUCUGUACACACAGACAUGCCCCUUGACCAAACUCGUCACAGUGGAGGAGUCGUUCACAAUCUGGUGCACUGUUUUGUUUUUUGGUUUGUUUUUUUUUUUCCUUUUUUUUGGUUUGUUUUUUAGGUCGGAUCCACUAGAGGUCGCUAGAGCACUGUACAGAAAAAUCGUUUUGACAGCUUGUUAUUUUACAAGAGGUUGAACUCAACAGAUGAAACCAAACUGUCUUGUCAUUUUUGGGAGCUUGAGCUUUGCGAUUGUGGAUCUGUUAUAAUAAAUUGUUUAAGAAUAUA